AUGCAGAGAUUUCCUACCAAUUCGGAUGAUAUCAGUGAUUGUGAUGCAAAAUCGGACAAAUCAAGUUCAAAUAAUAAUAAUAAUAAUAAUAAUGCUAUAAAUCUCAUAUCAAAAUCAACCCAAAACAUUGGACGAAGUAAUAGACGAAAACAAUUGGCGCCUCGUUCUCGACUUGUUCGUCAAUGUGAUCUAUGUGAUUUUUCUACAACAAUAAUAAAUGAAUUUAAAAAUCAUAUGAAAUUCGAACACGGACAGGAAGAAGUAUAUUUAUGUGAUACAUGUCGAUAUUAUUCAUUAUCUUCAUAUGAUUUUAAUCUGCAUCUUAAUUCUCAUCAUGAUUCAUCCAAAAAUAAUCAUCAAUCAUUAUCACCACCUAAAUUAAAUCUUUCAAUACAACAAACUUCAAAUGUCGAAUCCGAUGAUGAAAUUGGAGAUGACAAUGACGAACAUCAACUUAAUAUCGAAAUUUCAAAAGAGCAAAAUAAAACAAUAUUUGAACAUGAUGAACAAAGUUCAGAUGAUGAACAAAAUCCUUCUACUGGUCUAAAUAAGAAACUUAAUCUUUCCGUUACUUCAUCUCAUUCACAUACAACACAACAAACAUCAUCAACUGUUUCUGAUCGUAAACGUCCUUAUAACGUAUCUGUUGAUCCAGCACGAUAUCGUCGUGUUCCUGAUCCUGAUGAUGCAAAUUCUGUAAAAUUUGCUUGUUCAUUAUGUGGUAAUUUAUACAAAUGGCGAAAAAGUUUAAAUAAACAUUGGAAAGAAAAACAUAACGACGAAGAACCACCGCCACUUGACGCACCAGUUACAAUACGUCCAUCAAAAUCAUCACAAUCAAAAACUUUAAAUUCAAAUCAAACUGAUAUGUUGCCAACACAAAUGAAAUCUAUAUCAACACAUCAUCCAGCAUUUCCAUUUAAUCCUUAUACAUGGUUAAAAUUAGCAACAUCAAUAACAACAAAUUCAACAUCAACGUCAUUAUCAACAUCAGCACCAGAAUCAGAAUCAGCAUCAGUUGAUCAACAUCCAUUAGAUCUUCGUAUAAAAUCAACUGAUAAUCAUAUUAGUGAAGAUGAUGAUGGACAUGAAAGUUCAGAUGAUCGUUCAUCACCAAGUCCACAAAAUUCAAUUGGACAAAAACUUUUUAUUUGUUCAAUAUGUGAUCAAAAAUUUUUAUCAAUUGAAACAGUUAACGAACAUUUUUUAAAAAAUCAUUUACAUGAAUUAGAAAAUGAAAUAACAGGAAAAUCUCCACCACGGAAUACAAAUGUAGCACAACAAAAUGAAGAAUGGAAUUUAAGUGAUCCAGUUAAUCCAUUAAAAUGUAUUCAAUGUGAUUUUGUUGGUCGAUGGCCAACGGAACUUCAAAAACAUGCUGCAUCACAUUCAACAUCAAGACCAUUUAAAUGUCUUAUAUGUUCAUUAACUUAUAAAUGGCGUUGGGAUUUAGCUAAACAUUGGGAUCGUGCUCAUGCAUGUAGUGGUAAAGGUAUAAAUUUAAUUAAUCCAUAUAAAAAACGUGAUCGUGAUCAAGCACGUUCUUUGAUGGAAUUACCAACUAGUUCAUCAACAACUAAAAUACAAACAAAUUCUGAUAGUCAUUCAAUAAGUUCAUCUAUUUCAAAUGAAAAUUUAAAUAAAAAUAAUCGAACAAAUCAUUCAGAUGAUGAACAAAGUCAAAAUUCAACUCAUUCUGAUCAUGAUGAUGAACAACCUAUGAUAAAACGACAUAAACAAGAAAAUAAUAAUAAUAAAAUGUUUUUUCCGCCACCAUUGCCACCUAUGCCUCCAUCACCAUUACCACCAACAAUGUAUUUUCCAUCACCAUUUUUUCCACAUCAUCCUAUGUUUUCAUCAUUUAUUAAUCCAUCAUUAUUACUACAACCUAAAUUUAAUUAUUCACCACGUUUACCAAUGAAUACAAAUUUAGAUUUAUUUCGACAAGCACAAUCAUUUAUGCAACAAUCAGCAUCACCUAAUUCAUCAAGAUCAUCAUCAUCAUCAUCACCACCACGUUCAUCAUCACCCUCACAACAACAACGGAUACAUGCUGUUGCAGCUAUGGUUGCAGCAGCACAGGGAAAUAGUAAUCAUCAUCAUCAUCAUCAUCAUCAUCAUCUUCGACAACAACAGCAACAGCAGCAACAACAACAACAACAACAACAACAACAACAACAACAACAACAACAACAACAGCAACAACAACAACAACAACAGCGAAGAAUUGAAAAAGAAGAAAGAAAUUUUCAAUGUCGUUGGUGUGAUUAUCGUGGACGAUGGAGAAGUGAAUUAAGUCAACAUAUGAGAUGUCAUCAUGCUAGAGAUAAACCUUAUCAUUGUUCAGCAUGUCCAUAUGCUUCGAGUUGGAAAUGGGAUGUUCAAAAACAUGUUAAAAAACAACAUGUUCAUGAUACAGCAAAAAUCGUUGAAUUACCUGAUAAAUAUUUAUUUCAAACAACUCUUAAAGCUAAAUAUGAAGGAACAGAUGAUCGUGCAUUAACUUCAACACCAUUAACUGAAGAAGAUUAUGGAUUUUUUGGUACUGAUGUUCAAGAAAAAUUAUCUUCAAUAAAAUUUACACGUGAUCGUACAUUAUCUUGUCAACAAUGUCCAUUUGCAGCUAAUUCAAUGGCUGAAUUACGACGUCAUUUAAUUGUUCAUUCAGCUGAAAGUCCUUAUCAUUGUUUUAAUUGCAAUUAUAAAUCAAAGUGGAAAUGUGAUGUUAAAAAACAUAUGAAAAUAUGUAAUCAUCAUGGUCCAGUUUUAGUUGGACGUAAAGCAAUGGCUAAAGUUAUGGAAAGUCUUGGUUUAGUUAUUGAAAAUAAUAAAUCAAUAUCAUCAGAAAAAAUUACUGAACAAAAAUCAAUUGAAAAUGAGGAAGACAUUGACGAAGAAGGAGAAGAAGAUGAAAUAAUUGUUGAUGAAAAUCAAAAUGAUAAUAAUAAUGAAAAAGAAAAAAUAACUUCACGUAUACAAAAUAAUAAUUUACGUUGUCGACAAUGUGAUUAUGAAGCUGAAGAUUUAUCAGAUUUACUUAUGCAUCGUAAAGGUCAUGCAUCGAUUAAAAAUCGUAUUGAUAUUGAUAAAAAAUAUCCUAGUGAUAUUGAAAAUGAUGAUAAUAAUCAAUCCGAACAAAUAUUUGAUUAUGAAUUACAAUGGCUAGAAAAUAAUCCAUUUAUAAAACAAUUUACUACAAUUCAUGCAAAAACUCGAAUAAUUCUUUAUCAAUGUUCAAAAUGUAGUUAUAAUAUAAAUAAUAAUCAUCAACAUUUUUUCAAUCAUAUUGAUAAUCAACAUCCAGAAUUAUUAGAAGAUCAAAUGUAA